ACAUGUUAUUUCUGCAAAAAAACUCAGUUUUAGAAUUGUUUUAAAGUAAAAUUAAACCGAAUGUGACCAUACUUGAUAAGACUGUUUUAUAUAGCUGGAUGAUAUAUGUGUUUUUACUUUAAGAAGUGCUAAUCAAUACGCAACCUUACAAAGGAUUUAAGAUAAACUAGGCUUUAUUAUACUUCAUUUCCAGCAGUAAAUACCAUUUACAAAGAUAGUUGUUAGGAUUGAGACAGUAUGUAAAAAUAAUGUGAUUAAACUUAGCUAAGAAUCUUUAUGAUAAUCAGUGAACAAAAUGUGUGAGUAAAGGUUUUGUUUUAUAUUAAAGAAUAGAAAAUGGAGGUAACUAUACCGCAAUUAAUCGGGUAAAAUUGGAAUACGAUGAAUCUUGCCCGAACCAUGCCGUUUCAAACACUGGUAACCCGACUGCGCUAGAUUAACUUCACGAACACGAAUAUAUCUGUCAAAGAAAUGAUAUGCAUCUCCUCCAAGUAUUGCUGGUCCUAGCCUUUGCUGGUGCAGUACAGUGUAUACGACCUACGGAAGUCGACGAGUUGUUUGCAAAAUGUCUCAACACAUUCAGCGUAAAGACUGUGCACGGGGAGACAGUAGAUAUCACCGCCGCAAAGAUUAUAAGACAAGGAGAUUGCCGUAAAGUUGCAAAAAAGGAAAGAAAUUUGGUGGAAGACAUAAAUGCCAGCAUUUUUCUUGAUGUCACCACGUCUAUGCCGGGCAAUGGAAAAUACUUGAGCAACAUCAGCUGGACGUACACAGCUCUACAAGAGCACAGAAUCCCUCGCAAGUUUAUUCUUUACUUCAAUUUCUUCCAUGUGAAUGACAUCGACUAUGACAAGGUCUGUCUUGUGCUGAAGACAAAGCAGUCAUUGUUGCAGAAACACGACCAGGUUACAUUCCACCUUACUUGUCUCCCUUUGUUGAGAGAACCAGAUCUCGAGAUUCUCGUGCAAGUUUGGUGCGUGUCGGGGAAAAGGUUUACCAGACCGUGCCGACGUGGGAAACGCGAUGUUGCCCGAAAUUCGUGUGGUGUCUUGUGUUCAAAUGACAGAGUGUUUCCAAUGUCAAUUGAUAAUCAUAAAGGUCAGAUUUGCAAGUGCUACAUCCGCAAUUAUAACCAACCUGUCCUCAACUGGUGGCAUAAUAAUAGUAGCGGCGUCUUUUAUAUCCGCCUCAGAAAUUUGCCUCCUUUCCUUGAAAACACCGAGGUGAUCAUAAGUGAUGGGAAUAUUCACAGCAACUGUUGUGAAAUUCUUAACAAACAAAAUUCAGGUAUAAUACCAGGCGACACAGAACAGUCAUUGCAAUCACAGAGAUCAUACAAUUACAGCGGAAAUUAUUCGGUCUCGCUGGAUGCGGUAUGCCCUCUAGACAACAACCAGCAUGAUCAUUCAGAUGAUUGCCGUAACAACCGACUGCUCCUUCAUUAUGGCGACCAAUUCAUUUUAGUUGAGGAGAACGCAUUGCAGCCAGCAGUAGACACUUCUCUUAACCAUUCCAUUAUAAUUGCAAUAGUGUCUGCAACUGCGUUUGGUUCAAUUGUUAUAACAACAAUCGUGUUCGUGGUACGUCGAUGUAGGACAAAGAAAUCAUCACGAUCACGGCCUACUAUUCGGACGCCAGUUGCCGUCAAUUCAGAUAGUGAGAUGUACAACCAACAAAGUUCCACUGGAACGGAGAUGCAAACAUUUCUGUCAAAUAACAUGACAACAAAGAACGACGAUUUGUGUUCACAUUCGAAAAAGUUACAUUCUAACGCUGAUUUAGAUAUUUACCGUCGAGAAGAGAUUAAGCCACUGCAAUAUGAUCCUGAUAUUGUUUCGGAGAAUCACGAUUAUUCAAAACAUGAAUAUGAUCCAGAGGAACACAUCAAGGACGAUAUGAGAUGUCGAUGCAAUGUAUACAGCUGAUCGCUAUCUUCAACAUACAUUUUAGUGAUUUCGCUUUACCACACAGGAGAUUAUACUGAAGACAAACAAUUUGAAUUGUCUCCAUCUAUUGGAUGAUGGGAUCAAAUUAAUAAUUUCUAGCCCUAUGUGCAAUGUGUAUUGGUUGGAUUUUGCAGAGAAUGCAUUUGACAUAUAUGCGCAUAUAGUAAUAAUUGUCUCACCGAAAUUUAAUCAGCUUUGUAUGAAUUCAAAAGACAAAGUUCCUAUGAAGAAAGAAGUUCUAAAUGAAAGAUGUAUGAACUUAAUACUGUGUGUGGGAUGUCUAAAUUUAGACAAUUCAUGAGAGAGGACAUAGUCAAGGGCAUUAUAUAAUGUUCAUCUUGUUACUCUAGAACAAUGUGUGAAAGAUGGAACAUUUCUGUUUACGAAAUUCAUAGAACAACAUUCUUAUAUUACUCAGAUUGGUAAAUGUUCCUUAUAUGACAUAUAUGGACAGAGUGUCAUAAUUUCAGGCGAUGGUGCAUCGUUACACACCGUUGUUGUAAGAGAAUAGAACGUUGUUUCCUCGUCGCAUUUGUUUAAAAGGCGUUUAGUUCACGCAUUUAUGAAACAUAUUUGAUUUUGAUUUUUCUAAAUUUUAAAGUAUAAUUUGCUAUUGCUCGCUUAUGAAAUUGGCAGAACGAAAAGAAAAUGGUUUUACUGCUAUCGCUAUAGAUCCUUGUGUCAAAAUUACAUAUUCUGUUUUUUUUUUGUUUUUUUUUUGAAAUGUGUAUUUAUUAGAUAACUGCUAAGCGGGUUUAUGGUUUGACUGUUACUUCUGAGGGAUAUUGCUGUAACAAAGUUUAAAGUAGAUACAUACGAGUAUAAAUGAAAUAACCGUUAAGUUGGUUUAUAAAUGUUUUAAAUUUCAUAAAAAUCUUAAGUGCAGCGGUUACAAAUCUUGGUGUACGGGGUUAAUGUUUAAACAUUUGGCUUCUGAGCUUGUUUCUGUAGUUUUUCAUAUACAUAUUGGUAUUGUUCGGUAUAAUAAAAUGACUAUUAGCUUCCUGGAGGGGAACCGUGCAGUUCAUCUUUUUAAACUCUGUGGCCUGUGGCUUCUCUUUGUCCCUCUGAAGGAAAUCAUUACUUAUAUAGUAUAUAUUGUACAUUCAUUGAUAUAGCACUGUCUCAAUAAUUCAUUCAUUCUUUGGUUUUAUGAUUUUUCUUUGUAUUAUAGUUUAUGUUUGUUUUAACACUUUACUGAUCUACCUCUAACAUAUGCAUUCCGUCCUCUAUCAUUGAUUUAACAAUCGUAACAUAUUAAUCAUAUUGUAAAUACGUUUAUACUUUUAUAACUAACACAUUAUGGUUAUUUUAAAAUAUUGUUCUGCAGUAGUCAAACGCUUGUCUGCCCUAUUUUCUCAGCUUAAAAAUGUAUGUGUGUUUCUUCCUUGAACUAUGAACCAUCAGUCAAUUCAAUAAUGCAUUCUGACAUAUCGAAAAGGACAGAAACACCUAUGUACAAAACAUGUGAUUGUAUACGUCAAAAUUAAUAAAAACACAGAAUCAUAAAAAAACUUUUUUAUUUUUGAAAACAUCUUUACUUUUUACUGGAGAUUGCUUGUCCUUGCUUUUGGGGUAUUCGAUCAUAUCUGAGCUUACUUACAGAUUUGUUUGGUUGUUUAAUGGUAUCUGGACCCACUUACACAUACGGUUGGAUGUUCAAAGAAAUAUGGGCCCUCUUACACGUACGUAAUGAUGUUCGAUGGUAUACGGGCCCAUUUACACAUAUCUUUGGGUAUCCAAUGGUAUAUAGGCCCACUAACACAUAAGCUAAGGUGUUCAAUGGUAUAUGGGCCCACAUUCACAUACGUUCGGAUGUUUAAUGGUAUCUUGGCCCACUUACACAUAUCUUUGGAUAUCCAAUGGUAUAUGGACCCAUAAACACAUACGUUAAGCUGUAAAAUGGUAUAUGGGCCCAAUUACACAUAUUUUUUAGCGUUAAAUGGCUUUAAAGCUCGCAUACACAUAUGUUUGGGUAAUCAAUGGUAUCUGCGGCCAUUAGCACAUACGUUUACAACAGCUUAAUCUUUUCUGAAACUGUUUUUUCAAUGUUUAAUAUCAUGUGCUAUAUACAUAUGACAAUAAACGAUCGAAUAAAAUAAA